AUGGAUAGGGAUUCUGAAAACCAAAACUUAAUCAAUUCAGAUGAGGAUUAUGUUGAUCCCGAAGAAAGAAAAUGUAAAAAGGCAGAUGUUAUAGUUUGUUCUUCAAACGGAGAUUUAGAUUUAUCAGGACCAGUAGGCAAAAGUAUAGUAAAAGUUGCUGGAAGCGAACUUUUAGCCGAAAUAAAGAACAAAUACACAGGUGGAAUUCAACAUGGUGAUAUUGCUGUUGCUAAAGGAUACAAACUACAAUGCACAGAACUGUAUCUAGCUGCUCUUUUUAAUUGGAAGCCUGGUUUUGAGAAACAAAUCUACAAAUUUGUUAAUAACUGUCUUGUUGCUGCUGAAAAAGAUGGGUAUAGAUCUAUUGCUUUCCCAGCUCUUGGAACAGGCAAUCUUCACUACCCAUGUCAUCUUGUUGCAAAGUAUAUGUUUGAUAUAGUAGAACAGUUUGCCAGUAACAAACAGAAAACUACAUUGUCUUAUGUAUAUUUUGUGGUUUACGAAAAGGAUUCAAAGGUUAUACAGGCUUUUAAAGAAGAAGAGAGAAAAAGAGUACCCGGUCUACAUUCAGUAAAUGUUAAGUCUAUAGCUGGCAAUGUGUUUCAAGUAGGAAAUUUACAGUUAUCUGUAGAGAAAGGCGAUAUUUUAUCAAAAACGUGUGAUGCCCUGUUGUAUGGAUCAAAUGAAGAAUUGGAUUUUACAAAAGAAAGAUAA